UCUACGGGCAACUUUUUGCUCUCAAAUUAGAACAUAUAAUGUCAAAGUAUGCGGUAUUUACGCAAAAUCGAUUUCACCUGACAUAAAUGUCUGUUAGCCCUAGCAACAUGGCGGAACCUACUAUCACUUCUCGGCCAUGGUCGCCGAAAAAGAAAUUCUUUACCUUUCUCUGCUUCGUUGUAAUCGUCGCUACUAUUGCUAUUGUUGUUACAGGAUUCAAGUACAUUGAAUUUCACCAAUAUGGAUUUCUCAAAACCACCGCCAGUGGUAAAGUCGACACAAGUAAGGUCUAUACAGCUGGUAGAUACUUUGUUGGGCCUGGGAAGGAGUUCAAACUUUAUCAAGCGGACACGCAUUUUGAAGUGCUCAAAAAUAUUUCUGUUUUUACCAAAGACAAGCUCGAGGUUAGACUAACUUGUGAAUUCCAGUAUCGUCUCAUACCUGAGGACUUAAAAGAGUUGCACGAUGAAUACGACCUGUAUUAUCGACCGGUCGUACAAAGUACUUGUGCAGCGGCUGUAAAAGGACAGGCAGCGCUCAUUUCUAUUGACGAUUACCUUCGAAAUAGAGAAGAAGUCGAAAGAAAGCUUUUUCAAGCCUCGGCACUUCAAUUGCAUGGUGUGUGCUGUGGUAAAGACUGCGUGUCUACAAAAUCUUGUGCGCCAGGCUGUAAACCGUACGACACUUGCACCAAGGCUGACAAAGGUGUAUUUGUGACAGUCGACGCGUUCCAGCUCCACGCGGUCAUUAUUCCUGCAGACGUAAAGAGCCGUUAUCUCACCCAGGCUCUUGAAGAAAUCAACGAGAUCAAAGAGAAAUACAUCCAACAAGAAAAGGUGGCUAAAAAAGAAACGGAAAAACAAGUCCAAGCUAUCAACAACGAGGUCCAAAUCAUUUCCAAGAAUGCAACAGCACAAUCAAAUUUGAUUAAACUUCAAGCUGAAGCCACAGCAUCGCUGAAGGUGGAGCAGGCUCGAAACAGUGGUUUGUCCAUAAUCUACGGCCGCUUGAACAUCACAUCUCAACAACACAAAGCCUCUUUCAACUACCUUCGCGAGCUAAGAAAGAAAACCGACGGUCGUAUUAACGUUAAUUAUGACACURUGAUGGCGCGUGACUGAGGUUGCGCCGUGUCCGAAAGGAGAUACAAUGAAUGUCCAGAUAUACUAAAUCUUAAUCUAUAUUCCCACUUUUUCAUCAUUUGAAGGACAAGAAAUGCUAUUUUCACUGAUARACAACAACAAUUUAGAAUAUUGAACUAUUUAUUUAACAUUUAUCUAUUAUUCAUCAUAUGUCUUUGAGAAUUAUAUUGUAAAUUUUAAUAUGCACUUUACACUAUACCUUUCUUACAUGAGUACCAUAGUGUACCAAGAUGGCGGUUGCGACUACAUGAAAUAAAUAGACUUCUGAACCUU